ACCGCUGGUCAACACACCAGCCUUCCGGACCUGAUACGACCCUUAUCUCAGGCCUCUCGGAGCCCAUCAGCCGCCCAGUUCAGUGCCUGCGAAGUGGCAGUCCAUAGUGGAGCCUCCUUGCCUCGGUCCAGGUCCACAUCUCUCUGUGUGUGGGCUGCCCCAGCGUUAGACGACCCCAGGACACUGUGAUUGGCGCCCGAGUCCGCUGAUGGGUAAGGACCUUGAAUUAGUCUUUAUCUCCUCACAUGACACUUGGCAUUUGAUAAAUAUUUAUUGAAUUUGAAGAGACAUAUGGGCAAUGAGUCUGGAAAGGAAGAACGUCCUUGGUCCAACAGUGUUGCUGACACUGACUUUUUCUAAGUGGUCUUGAACUGCCUAGUUUUUAUGUCAAUACCUGGCUAGACCUCGUAUUCCUCACUACAGAAGCCCUUAACCUGCAGUUGCUAGAGAUUUUAAAACGUUUCGUUUAGGAUACCAUCCACAUUUAACUUGGGAGCUCUUUCUUUGUAAUUCCAAAAUGUUGAGAUACUGGGGAGAGAUACCAAUCUCAUCAAGCCAGACCAACAGAAGUUCUUUUGACUUGCUCCCUCGGGAGUUCCGACUGGUAGAAGUCCAUGACCCGCCUCUGCACCAACCCUCAGCCAACAAGCCCAAGCCCCCAACUAUGCUGGACAUCCCCUCAGAGCCCUGCAGCCUCACCAUCCACACCAUUCAGCUGAUCCAGCACAACCGACGUCUGCGUAACCUCAUUGCCACAGCGCAGGCCCAGAAUCAGCAACAGACAGAAGGUGUAAAGACUGAAGAGAGUGAACCUCUUCCGUCCUGCCCUGGGUCACCUCCUCUUCCUGAUGAUCUCCUUCCUUUAGAUUGUAAGAAUCCCAGUGCACCGUUCCAGGUCCGGCACAGUGACCCAGAGAGUGACUUUUAUCGGGGGAAAGGGGAGCCUGUGACUGAACUCAGCUGGCACUCCUGCCGACAGCUCCUCUACCAGGCAGUGGCCACAAUCCUGGCCCACGCGGGCUUUGAGUGUGCUAACGAGAGUGUCCUUGAGACCCUGACUGAUGUGGCGCACGAGUACUGCCUGAAGUUCACCAAGCUGCUGCGCUUUGCUGUGGAUCAGGAAGCCCGGCUGGGGCAGACUCCCUUCCCCGACGUGAUGGAGCAGGUGUUCCAUGAAGUGGGCAUCGGCAGCGUGCUCUCCCUCCAGAAAUUCUGGCAGCACCGCAUCAAGGACUAUCACAGUUACAUGCUGCAGAUUAGUAAGCAGCUCUCUGAAGAGUAUGAGAGGAUCGUCAAUCCUGAGAAGGCCACAGAGGACACGAAGCCUGUCAAGAUCAAGGAGGAACCUGUGAGCGACAUCACCUUCCCUGUCAGUGAAGAACUGGAGGCCGACCUUGCUUCUGGAGACCAGUCGCUGCCCAUGGGAGUUCUCGGCGCUCAGAACGAGCGCUUCCCAUCUAACCUGGAGGUCGAGGCUUCACCACAGGCUUCAAGUACAGAGGUAAAUGCUUCCCCUCUUUGGAACUUGGCCCACGUGAAAAUGGAGCCGCAAGAGAGUGAAGAAGGCAAUGUUUCUGGGCACGGCGUGCUGGGCAGUGAUGUGUUCGAGGAGCCGAUGUCAGGCAUGAGUGAAGCUGGGAUCCCCCAAAGCCCUGAUGACUCAGACAGCAGCUACGGCUCCCACUCCACUGACAGCCUCAUGGGCUCCUCCCCUGUUUUCAACCAGCGCUGCAAAAAGAGGAUGAGGAAAAUAUAAAAGGCAAAGAGGGAGACCUCUCCAGACCUAGAAGACCCAACAGAAACUGAUGGAUUCUAAUUUGUUUCCACAAAUAAUGAUUGAACUCUUAAACACAAUGGGUUUUCCUGAUAUCAGUGGAGCGGGAUUUAACCAAAUAAGUCUACUUUUACCUUUUGCAUCCAGUUUUUGUUGUUUUCCACAACCAAGCCACCUUUCACAGAUAUCACACUGGGAUGGUGAUCCAGAGACCAAAACAGUGUCCCUGACGUGUCUUCACCAUGUGAUAAAUGACUUAGCUUCUCUCAACCUGUUUCUCUUAUACAACCGAGAAGAAUCACACUGGGUCUGGCCUACACUGCAGGGAUAUUAUGAAGAUGAAGAUGUUAUUAAUAAGCUUCACAGCUGUGCUUGAACAGACUCACAUAUAUGCUGAUAUCAGAUGUCAAUCUUUUUCUUUUAACUUGCUUCAUUUUUGGUUCAAGUCAUUGGGAAUCCAAUGGAAAUAGCUAAACAUUGCACAGCUUAUCUAUCAGUAGUCCUUUUUUCGAACUGUUUCUGCUGCCCACAGAAUCUCCUGUGAAAUCACAGCAGUCUGUGAACCGCCUUUUUGCUUAUCCAUAUAGCCCUCUCCUCUUUCAACCAUAUAUUUUUCUUCUUCCUUCUCUAGACUUAGUCCAUGUAUUCCAGUCCUCUUUAUUUCCAGUCAGAUUUUUUUUUUAACAUUGGGUUGGCCAAAAAAGUUCAUUCAGGCUUUUCCAUAUGCUACCAGUUCAGUUCAGUUCAGUUCAGUCGCUCAGUCGUGUCCAACUCUUGCGACCCCAUGAAUCGCAGCACGCCAGGCCUCCCUGUCCAUCACCAACUCCCGGAGUUCACUCAGACUCACGUCCAUCGAGUCAGUGAUGCCAUCCAGCCAUCUCGUCCUCGGUCGUCCCCUUCACCUCCUGCCCCCAAUCCCUCCCAGCAUCAGAGUCUUUUCCAAUGCGUCAACUCUUCACAUGAGGUGGCCAAAGUACUGGAGUUUUAGCUUUAGCAUCAUUCCUUCCAAAGAAAUCUCAGGGCUGAUCUCCUUCCAGUCCAACGGACUCUCAAGAGUCUUCUCCAACACCACAGUUCAAACGCAUCAAUUCUUCAGCGCUCAGCCUUCUUCACAGUCCAACUCUCACAUCCAUACAUGACCACUGGAAAAACCAUAGCCUUGACUAGACAGACCUUAGUUGGCAAAGUAAUGUCUCUGCUUUUGAAUAUGCUGUCUAGGUUGGUCAUAACUUUUCUUCCAAGGAGUGUCGUUUAAUUUCAUGGCUGCAGUCACCAUCUGCAGUGAUUUUGGAGCCCAGGAAAAUAAAGUAUGACGCUGUUUUCAGUUUCCCUGUCUAUUUCCCAUGAAGUGAUGGGACCGGAUGCCAUGAUCUUCGUUUUCUGAAUGUUGAGCUUUAAGCCAACUUUUGGGCAACCCAGUAUUUUCAGCAUGCACAUUUUUCAGUUGCUCUUUCCAUUUUCUCCUUUUUGAAUGAUGAAACUAACUGAUGGCUCAUCAGUCUGCCUGCAAUGCAGGAGACCUGGGUUCAAUCCCUGGGUCAGGAAGAUCCCCUGGAGAAGGGAAGGGCAACCUGCACCAAUAUUCUUGCCUGGAAAAUCCCAUGGACAGAGGAGACUGGUGGGCUAUAUAUAGUCCAUGGGGUCACAAAAAGUUGGGACACGACUGAGAGACUUUCACUUUGUGAAUGAAGCAAACAGGACCUGUCCAUAGACAGACUUGUGCCUGUUUCAUUUGUUGCAUCUGCUUGACCAUCAGAGGACAGUGAUCCAUUCCUUUACCAGAAUUCUACAUCUGCACAUUGUGCUUCUACUGGAUGGGCAGCCUCUAAAAGGCUAACAGUAUGCACCUUUCUGCUUUACAUCAUGUCCUGAACAGCUUGACUGCUGUUACUCAUCCAUUGCAGUAUCUGCCCUACUUGGCAUCUGAUAGUGUCAAUCAUUAUUUAUUAAAUACUUGAUGUAGCACUGGAAUAAUCAGGAGUAAUUAGCAAAUGUGUGCAAGUACUGCUGAUUUGGUUUGGGGGUGCAGAAUACAAGUCUUGUGAAAUUUAGAGUACUCUUUUAGUAGACUAGAAAUCAAGGCCCAUAUCACUGAGUGCCUUAAAUGUCUCAGGUAUUGGGAAUAAAUAUGAAUGCAACAGCAACAAAAUAAGGUUAUGAUUUAAACUGUUGCCAAAGCAUUUAUAAGUUUGCUAAUUGGACAUCCUUGGCACAUUUAAACCUUUCCUGUUCCAGGUUUAGCUUCAUUUCCCCUUAUUUGCUUCCUUUGUGGCUCAGCUGGUAAAGAAUCUGUGUGCAAUGCAGGAGACCUGGGUUCGAUCCCUGGGUUGGGAGGAUCCCCUGGAGAAGGGAAAGGCUACCCACUCCAGUAUUCUGGCCUGGAGAAUUCCAUGGACUGUAGUCCAUGGGGUCGCAAAGAGUUGCAUACAACCGAGCAACUUUCACUUCACUUCACUUCCCCUUAUUUACUGAUGAAAGUACACAUCUGGUGGUCAGUUUCCAGAAAGUAGCCAUUUAGUAUUUAAUUAGUUCACUCAGCAAACAUUUAUUGAGUACCCGUUAUAUACUGGGUCCUUUGCAAGGGAUAUGCAGAUGAGUAAGACCAUCUCUGCUGUUAUGGAGCUUAUAGCAUAGGCCAGAUGAUUUCCUCUUUAAUGAAAAAGUAUUCAAAGGCACUAGGGAAAAAAAAAAGGUAUGCACAGGUUUGCUGUCCAAGUG